GUUGUAUCCACCAAUGGACCCAAAAGCAAGAGCAACAACAACUACUAAUAAUAAUACUCUUUUUCUCAUUUUAUCAAAUCAUUUUCACAUACGCGUAUUUAUUAAUUUUUAUUUUGGCAACACGCGUAUUUAUAUAUUUAUGAUUCUUUCUUUUUUUCUUUCUAAGCAUUUCCCUCUAUUAACGUGUCCACUCCAAAUUCCACAAACCCAAAAAACAUUAUAAUCAAUGAACGAUGCUUCCAUUCGCCAACUACUACAUUUCAACACCAAUUAUGUCCGAGAAGAAGAGCAUCACCAGAAGCCGUAACAAUAGUAGAAAGAAGAGAUGGUCACCGACGCUCUUUGCCGGAGGAGGAGGAGGAAGAGGAGGAGGAGGAGAUGAUGAGCUGGCGACAGUGAAAGCUGCGGCGUGGGCUUGGUACCAAAGACACGAAGGAAAGCCGAUGAUGAGAGAGUUCGAUCUCUCGAAAAGAGCCAUAAGAACACCUCGACCUUCGCGGUAUAAGCUCGAGGCCAACAAGACCAUGAUCCUCUCCGAGAAUAAGGUUUCUAAACCACACUCUAAUCAUUUUUUGCGUGGAGAUCAAGAAACCAAGUUGUCUAGUCUUCUUGAUUCUUAUGAGAUCAAGAGCAUCUCUAAGAGGAUUGAUGAGGGUUCGUUACCAACUAUUGGUUUCUGGAAUGAUCAUGGUCAACAUUAUGAUCAUAAUAUGUUGCAGAAGAAGCUUGAAUAUGAUAGUAAGCAAGAGAAUGGGUUGGUGAAAAAAAUGAGCAUUAGAAAUUUGUGGAAAGGAAUGAUUAUGAUGGCUCCAAGGACGGUUUGUGGAAGAAGUGAUGACGUGGAUCUUGGGGCAUAUCAUCGGGUUGGUCCAAGAACAAAGAAGGUUGCACCGACGAGUGUCAAUAUGCGUACCGGCCGACGCUAACUCUAUGUCUCUAUAGUAUCUACUCUCUAGUUAUUAAGGAGCUAAAAUAUGUGUUUAGACAUUAUUAAUGCUAAAAGGACUUCUUUUCCACAAUAUUAAUUAAAGGGUUUUAACAAGUUUGUGUAUAUUAAUUUAACUUUUUAGGUCAUUCUAGAGAAUAUUGUGCCCAUACCUAUAUAAUUUUCCACAAUAUUAUCUC